AAGGAUCUUUGUUAAUUUUCGGGCUUUCCUGUGCUAAAGCAUACAUCGGGGGUUCUUUCCUUUUGUCUCUGUAAAAUGGGGGAGACAACACCAACGUCAUUCAUCUCCAUCUUUUCCAGGGACAAAAAGAAGGCCCUCGAUAGUGAUGGAAAUGGCGUGCCCUUGCGGAAGGGAAUGAGACGUUCAUCUUCCGUUGGUAUUUUCAAGGCGGCUCUAGGCAUGUUACGUACGAAAUCCGUCGGCGAUUUGACAGUAUCGGACUCGAAGCCGGAUCAGCGUCCCAUGCAAUCACAAAGCUCCCCAUUGUCCCCACCCCAUCCCCCUCCUGAAAAUGUUACCCUUGAAAUUGUGCCUGUGCCUGAGCCCGAGCCUAUAUCCGGGGAGGAACAUAAAGAUGAAGCUACGGCGUCGUCUUUGUCUCCGACCCUGCCGGUGAGUGAAGUGAACCAAAACGAUUCACCUCGCGAAGGGAUUGCCAAAGAGAAAUGUGGGCAUCACUGCGAUAAUGAAGGUGGAGAUGAGAAGAUCGAUAUCAAGGCAGAGGAAUUCAUAGCUCAAUUCUAUGAACAGAUGAGGCUUCAAGCCUCGAAUUCUUGAAUCGUGAAUAUGUACCAAAGAUGCAAAACAAAAACAAUUACCGGACGUAUUGGUUUGCAUGCAUGCACCUUUUUGAGGGCUGUUUUUUCUGUAUUUUUUUACUUUUUUUUUUAUUCUUUGUGGUCACUGGUCGGGAAUGGGUGAAACAUAAAAGUACGAGGUUACGAGAAUGGAAGAGGAUAA